UUUACGUCCAAUGAAAUCAACAAAAUUUUACAAUUAAUCUCAUAAAAACAUGGACCAUUUACAAAUCUUUGGCAGAACCCAAAACGCCACUCUAAACCGCUAAUUUCCUUCCACAUCUCUUUCUUCUUUGAAAUCCCAAACCGCCCAUACUUUCCACGUCACUUUCUUCAUUCUCCAAAAACCCGCCAUUUUUCUCCAAAACGCUCUUUUCUUCUUCUUCCUUAUCAUCACUUUCUCUCUCCUCUUCUUCAAUGGCGAUUUUCACUUCAGCUCAAGUCAACCCCAAUUCCAGCUUCACCUUCUUCUUCCCUCCUUCUUCAACCUCUCACCUUCUUCAUUCAACGUUUCGAAACCGGGAGUUUCGGUUAUGGAAGAAACGCCGAUUGAAGCGGAAUUCUAAGCUUCUUAGAAACGCACUUGAACCUUCUUCUACUUCCGCUUCAAGUGCUCUUGAUUUUCUCUCUCUUCUUCCUCUCAAUUGGGUUCCACCUGCUGCUCUAGGGUUUGCUUCUGCUUUUGCUCUUUCUUACUCUAAGUACAGAAACAAUAAUCUUCUUCAAUCGAAUUCGAAUUCGGGAUCAGAAUCGAAUUCGGAUUCUAGGGUUUCCGAUGUUGGUGAAUGGAUUCUAUUCACUAGCCCAACACCCUUUAAUCGGUUUGUUCUAUUGCGGUGUCCUUCGAUUUCGUUCGAAAAUGGCGAAGAGGAGGAUGUGAGUGAGAGAUUAGUGAAGGAGGAGAAGCAUUUUGUUAGGUUAGAUAGUGGGAGAAUUCAAUUGAGUAAAAAUGGCGGCGGCGAGGCGAAGGAGGAGAGAGAAAAUGGGGUAUUGGAGUAUCAGAGGGUUUGUGUUGGGACUGAAGAUGGCGGGGUGAUUUCUUUGGAUUGGCCUUGUAAUUUGGAUUUGAGUGAUGAGCGUGGAUUAGAUACUACUGUUUUAUUGAUCCCGGGGACGGCGAAUGGUAGUAUGGAUGAGAAUGUGAGGUCGUUUGUGAGGGAAUGCUUGCGGCGAGGGUUGUUUCCAGUUGUUAUGAACCCUCGGGGGUGUGCCGGUUCUCCAUUAACCACUGCUCGGUUAUUUACAGCUGCUGAUAGUGAUGACAUUUGCUCGGCUAUACAGUUCAUCACCAAGGCACGACCAAGGUCUACAUUGACAGGGGUUGGCUUGGGUUAUGGUGCGAAUAUGCUGACAAAAUACCUUGCUGAAGCUGGGGAAAAGACCCCUCUUACAGCUGCUACAUGCAUUGACAAUCCUUUUGACUUAGAUGAAGCCACCAGGACUUCUCCUUACUGCAAUAUCAUUGAUGAUAAGCUCACUGGAGGCUUGAUAGAUAUAUUAAAGUCUAACAAGGAACUUUUUCAAGGUAGGAGGAAAGGUUUUGAUGUGGAAAAGGCUUUGGCAGCUGAAUCGGUCCGCGAUUUUGAAGAGGCAAUAUCCAUGGUUUCAUUUGGAUUUGACUCAUUAGAAGAUUUCUACUCAAAUUCUAGCACCAGAAAGCUGGUAGGAAACCUGAAGGUUCCAGUACUAUUUGUACAGAAUGACACUGGGACUGUGCCUCUGUUCUCUAUUCCUCGUGGCUCGAUUGCUGAAAAUCCUUUUACAAGCUUACUUCUGUGUUCAUUUUUACCAUCUACUGUUAACACGAUCUCGUGGUACCAGCAUGUGGCAACUGAGUGGCUCACAGCAGUGGAGCUUGGAAUACUAAAGGGUCGCCACCCACUUCUUCAAGAUAUAGAUGUUACUGUCAAACCUUCAAAAGGUUUAGCUCUUGUGGAGGGAAGAACGUCUGAUACAAGUGGCAGAGUUGACCGUCUCUUGAAUUUGGCCAAGUUAGAUAAUUCAGAUGUAUUAGUGGAUCCAAUGAAGGGUAUGCGGAGAGAGACUGAUACUUUACCUAGUAUUCAUUCAAAGUUAAACCAGAAUUCAAAAGGGAGCUCAGAUGAUGAAGAUUCCACUAAAGUCACAGAAACCAAUCCAGUAGAAAGUGAUUCUGGCCAAGUGCUCCCAACAGCACAGGUUGUUAUGAAUAUGCUUGAUGUGACAAUGCCUGGGACAUUAAAAGAAGAAGACAAGAAAAAGGUACUAUCCGCUGUUGAUCGAGGUGAGACCCUUAUUAAGGCGUUGCAGGAUGCUGUCCCUGAGGAUGUCCGUGGCAAACUUACUACUUCUGUUUCUGAAAUUUUGCAAGCACCUGGGAAGAAUAUGAAUCUUAAUACACUACUGAGCAUUAACCAUAAAGCUGAUCCUUCAUCUGCUCUGAAAUCAGAUAACAAAGAAAAUGCAGCCUUGCGUUCUGACUCUGAAAAUGAAAACAUUGAUCGACCUUCAGAAAACAGAGUAUCCGGAGAUGCUAAACCAGACAACAGUGAUAACAACCUCGGUGAAGAAGCUACUGAGACUAAAGUAGUUGACAGCAAUGAGGGGGAUACAAGACUGACAGAAGGUUUAAAAGAUUCUCAGAAUAGUGAUGAAAAACCUGAUAAUGAUGCCUCUGCCAAGAAUGUUGACCAGCCUGUUGAUUCUGGUGGGGAUGGUUCUGAUGCCACUGCCAAAAUAAACUCAUCUAGCGGCAGUGGUGGUAGCACCAACUCUGAAGCAGGUGUUAAGCCGAGUACUUGGUCCCAAGAUGACGAAACAAAACAGGCAGAGAGUGAUAUCUCUGAGAUUGUUGGUGAGUCCAAGGAUUUGCCUGAAGAGCAAAAUAAAACAAGCUCAGAUGCUGAACCGGCAGCAGAUACAGAUGAAGCAACGCCACCACCCACAUCUGAUAGUCAAAUAUCAGAAAAUGGAAAUGGUGAUGGUAAAACCAAGGGUGAAGAUUUGCAACCGCUGCCAGAUCAGAAUAGUGCUCCUGAAUCUAAAAGCCCCACUUUCAGUGUUUCACAAGCUUUUGAUGCUUUCACUGGGAUGGAUGACUCAACACAGGUGGCUGUCAAUAGUGUUUUUGGUGUCCUUGAAGAUAUGAUUACUCAGCUGGAGGAGAAAAGUACUGAAAACAUAGUCAAUGAAGAAAGUGAGAACAAGGAUGCCAUUAAUGGCUCAGUUGUUGAGAAGGAUGGCAGUACUAGUGAGCUCCAUCUAGAAAAACAAAUGGAUGGGAAAGAUAAAGAAAAUACCAAUCCUCUGGAUAUAGAAUCAGUUCAUGCACAUGAUAGCAAUGGUAGUAUGAAAAUGGGUCCAACGGCAGCUUCUGGCAAAGAGAAAAAUAUUGAGAUGCUUAACUUGAUUGUCAAUAACCCGGGAGCAGCAAACGUAAAAGCAUUUGACAAAGAGUUUGUCCCUAAAUAUAUCCUGUCAAAGAUGCAGAAAGUGAAAGAUGUUGCUAUGGAUGCAACUACUGCUCCAUUACUUGAUUAUGUUCCAGAAGAUGGGCACUUGCUUCUGCUAAAACAGCCUGGUGGAAUACAUGUUGCUGUAUUUGACAAUAAAGACAAAAAGGAGCACACCAAGCUACCUCAGAAAGAAAAUGUUAUAGAUAACGUUAUUGAGCCAUCAUAUGUCAUUCUUGACAAAGAGACGCAGGACGAACCAACGGAAGAAUUGAUGCAGAAAUCACAUGACAAAUCUGUGAAACGUGAUAAUGUGGACAGGUCAAAAUUAUUUGUUAAGACCACUUUACUUAAUUCUCUGAAAGUUGAAGUUAGUCGUAGACUUAAUGCAACAGACAUUGAAGACAUGGAUGCUGCUCUAGCAGCAGAUAUGGAAGCAGUGGCAGAAGCUGUCUAUUUGGCAAUCCAACAUGAAAUAGAGCAUAAUCAAGAGCUCUUGUUCUCUGGGUUAGACCCUGAUUUCCAAGAAUGGAGUAGGCUUAUUAAUGGUGACCUUAUCGUAGAAGCAAUAUCUAAAGUACUACAGGAUACCAGCUACUUGAAAAAAGUGCUACCCAUUGGUGUUAUCGUUGGUUCUACUUUAGCUUCUCUGAGAAACUGCUUUGAUGUAGCUGCUGGAGCUUUGGACAUGGAUCAAGAUCAAUUCAGUGUGUUGAAGCCAGAUGAUAUACUUCCACAAGAGGUCAUUCAACUUCCUAUUGAUGGGAUUGAUCUUACUCCAGAGAAGAAUUUAACAAAAGUCAAGGGAAGUGGUGCCUCAGAUGGUCCUGGUGAAGAUGACGUAGAUAAGGAGGAGUUCAAAGGUUUGGAUGGAAAUACUCUCAUGGUUGGUGCUGUUACAGCUGCACUUGGAGCGUCUGCAUUAUUAACAAGUCAGCAGGACGAUUUCAUGGCGAACGACGGUUAUGAAACUGACGAUAAACAUAUGAAGAGUGAAUCAGUCCAUAAAGAGGAGACGGUAGAUGACAAAGACCAGAGUAAUAUAGUAACAAGCCUUGCUGAAAAGGCAAUGUCAGUCGCUGGUCCAGUGGUUCCUACUACGCAAGAUGGAGCUGUGGAUCAAGAUAGGAUCGUCGCAAUGCUGGCAGGAUUGGGCCAAAGAGGUGGCGCGCUAAGGCUUGUUGGAAAAUUGGCUUUACUGUGGGGUGGUCUUCGUGGUGCUAUGAGUUUGACAGACAAGCUUUUUUCAUUUUUACGUAUUGCCGACCAGCCUUUGUUUCUGAGGGUACUUGGAUUUUCUGGCAUGGUCCUAGUUUUGUGGUCUCCAGUGCUGGUGCCCUUGUUGCCUACACUUUUUCAGAAUUUGUUGACGCAUACCUCCUCUAGUAUUGUCGAGCUAGCUUGCAUAGUUGGGCUUUACACUGCUGUCAUAAUACUUAUCAUGCAGUGGGGGAAGGGAAUACGAGGGUAUGAAGAUCCAUUCAAGCAAUACGGGCUGGAUUUUACAUCACCAAGAAAGGUGCAACACUUCUUGAUAGGGUUGGUUGGAGGAGUCAUGCUGGUUAUCUCAAUACACUCUUUGAAUGCAUAUCUUGGCUUUGUCAAGCUUUCUUUUCCAUCCAGUCUUGGUUCGUCGUCCCUAACUUUUAGUGCCAAAAUCAAAGCGCAUGGCCAGCUGUUUCUUUCCGCUGGACAAGGACUUGCCGUGGCAGCUGGUGUUUCUUUUGUUGAAGAACUUCUUUUUAGAUCAUGGCUGUUAGAAGAAAUCGCAAUAGACCUUGGUUAUCAUCCUGGAAUACUUCUAUCAGGACUUGCAUUUGCAUUAUCACAGAGGUCCUGGCAGGCCAUUCCUGGUCUAUGGCUAUUAUCCUUGUGUCUUGCUGGGGCUCGACUAAGAAAGGAAGGCAGCCUUUUCAUUCCCAUUGGACUGCGCACUGGCCUAAUGGCCUCCAGUUACUUUUUACAAACGAGUGGUUUUGUUGUUUACAUGUCAAAGAUUCCAUGGUGGAUCAUCGGUUUGCACCCCUUCCAGCCAUUCAGUGGAGUAGUAGGUCUUCUUGUUGCGUUAUUGUUAGCAGUGGCCCUAUACCCAAGGCAGCCUAGGCUAAAGGAAGGAGUUUCUCGAACUAUUCGGGCAUGAAGCUCUUUUGCUUGAAGAGAGCCUACAAAGUUGUGAAGGGGUUAGGUUGGAGAUCUGAAUCAUAUAUGAUUCAUUUGAUAAAGUAAAUGGAUGGUGGCUGCUUCUGUAAUUUUUAUACUUAUAGUAGUAUUUAACCUUCUGCAAUGAAGAUUAUGGGAGUGGGAUGUGAAUAACAGCUAUAUCUUCUGAGCAUACGAGUGCAGAAAAGAAUCUGCUUCAAGCAACUGCGAAGGAUUGUGACAAAUAUACUCUAUACACAUAAAUUAUGUGCCAUGUAAAUGUUUAUAGAAAUUUUUUGUAGAAAAUGAAGUCGAGCGUAGAUUUGUAAAGUGAAUGUUGCAUAUAGUACUUGAAUCAAAACAUUUACGAAAUUGUAUAUAUGAAAAUAGCUGUUACAUCUACUCUCAUAUAUGAAUUUUUGCCUGUACUACGGACCUACUUACACUAAUGAAGGAAGUUUUUCUGCGUGGUG